AUGGCCCGUGAGCGAACGGUACAAGUGGAACGCUGUUGAACGUAAAUACCUCCAUCAUCAUUAAUAUGUAGCGAAGGAGGAUUUGUUAAAUCACAUUUUUAAAUGUCUGCUUUCUGUCAGCCGUGUUCAGAAGAAAUCCUUUUUAGGAGAAACGAGAGCUAGCUUCUCCGGCACCUUGAAUGUUUUUUCUUUCUCAUUCGUAUGUACCAUUAAGAGCUCAGACGGGGGUUUUCUGCAAAAACAAAGUACCCAUUUUCUAAAGGAGUUCCCUAGAAGUUGACACGUUACGCGAUUGAAUGGAAUUACCAACCCGUGUCGCUCUUUUUUGCUUCUGCAAAAGAUGUGUUAGCAUUUAUUUAGCGUUUAAGUGACAAAUUCUGCUAAAUACGGCGAAUAAACAGCGACAGCGAAGGCAGAAUUACUUUCAGUCGCAACAUGGCUGCUGUGGGGUUAUUAGGGAAAGUUUAGCUCUUGACUUCAAAUAAGUUUUGUUAAAAUUUAUUAAGUAACUGCUGGAGAAAGAAGACCCGUCUCUCAUCAGCUUUCAGUGGGCAAGAGACCGCAGUAAGUUGACCUUCCAAGGGAGACCGCUCGCUUCCUAAAUAGCCAUCCGGCUGUGCAUAGCUACCCCUUGGGCUGUUACAGUAGGUUUCUGGUUCCCCACAGAUCAUUGUUUGGAAGGACUUUGCGACAUUUGAAUAAUAAAAUGCAUUUUUCCAUUCCUGAGACGGAAGUUCGCUCCGGUGAAAAUGGAUCAACAUAUGUGGCCUACAACAUCCACGUCAACGGAGUUCUGCACUGUCGAGUCCGCUACAGCCAGCUCCUCGGCCUACACGAGCAGAUAAAGAAAGAGUACGGAAGCCAUGUGGUGCCUGCCUUUCCUCCAAAGAAGAUCUUCACCCUGACCCCAGCGGAGGUGGAGCAGAGGAGAGAACAGCUGGAGAAGUACAUGCAGGCAGUGCGUCAGGACCCCCUGCUCGGAGGCAGCGAGUUGUUCAACAGCUUCCUGCGAAAAGCUCAGCAGGAGACUCAGCAGAUCCCAACUGAGGAGGUUCACCUGGAGAUCUACCUGUCCAAUGGUCAGAAAGUCACUAUCAACAUUCUGACCUCAGAUCAGACCGAGGACGUCUUAGAGGCCGUGGCGUCCAAGUUGGACCUGCCGGAUGAGCUGGUGGGAUACUUCAGCCUGUUCCUGAUCCGGGAGGGGCUGGAGGGAGGCUGCACCUUUGUGCGGAAGCUGCAGGAGUUCGAGCUGCCCUAUGUGUCUGUCACCAGCCUGCGAAACCCGGAGUUCCACAUCGUCCUCCGUAAAAGUUACUGGGAUUCAGCCUAUGACAAUGAUGUCAUGGAUAACAGGGUGGGCCUGAACUUACUGUACGCCCAGACGGUGUCGGAUAUCGAGCGAGGAUGGAUCCUGGUGAAUAAAGACCAGCAUCGGCAGCUCAAGUCUUUGCAGGAGAAAGGCUCUAAGAAAGAGUUCAUCCGCCUGGCUCAGACGCUCAAGUAUUAUGGCUACAUCAAGUUUGACCCCUGCAUCACAGACUUCCCUGAGAAGGGCUGUCAUGUGAUCGUCAGCGCCGGCAACAACGAGCUCAACUUCCACGUCAAGCUGCCGAACGACCAGAUCAAGGAGGGCAGCUUCAAGGUCACGCGCAUGCGAUGCUGGCGUGUCACCUCCUCACAGGUCCCGGUGGCCAACGGCACACCCGCUCCCUGCGGAGCGGGGAAGUGUGAGGUCAAGCUGGAGCUGGCCUUCGAGUACCUGAUGAGCAAAGACCGCCUGCAGUGGGUCACCAUCACCAGUCCGCAGGCUAUAAUGAUGAGUAUCUGCCUGCAGUCCAUGGUGGACGAGCUGAUGGUGAAGAAAUCAGGAGGCAGCAUUAAGAAGAUGCUGAAGAAGCGUCACAAUGGUUCUAUUCAUCGAUCAGACAGUCAGCAAGCUGUGAAGUCCCCUCCCUUGCUGGACUCCCCAGACCCAAACAGGGAGCAGGUUGUCAAGCUGUCGACCAAGCUAACCUCCGUCACCCUGCGAGGGAUCAGCACCUCCAACUCCACCAGUGACAUCAGCGGCAACGAUUUCCAUGGCAACUACGCCUUCGAGGGAAUCGGAGACGAUGACCUGUAAACCCCCCCUUCUUACAGAUGACCAGAGAGGCACUGAGCUGGCCGAGACAGAUCUCUGAACAAAUUCUGCAAGAUUGUAGCCCACCUGAGUCCGACUGCUUGCUUCUCCUGCUUUGACCAGGGAGACAGAAUCGAGCCAGCUCAUGGCUUGCACUGAAAAAUCAGGGUUUUAGAUUCAGCGUAAAGAACCAGUCUCUAUUUUUGUCUUAUUGAUUGUGGUAAAUUCCCACAAUCUAACCAGUAUUCACUUGUCUACUAUAUCAAAAAUAUUCAUCAGAAUUACAAGUAUUACCUGUCUCUGUAUUCUGAAUGUUUUUGAGUAGGGUGGAGACGUUUUAAACUGCCUGUUUUCCGUGUGGUUGACGUUUCCCUUCAAAACCAAAAUGAUCAUUAAUCGGAUGGUCUUUAAUUAGUCCUGCCUUGCACCAGGGAAUCCUAGAAUUGCUUGCAACCUGAACGUUUUCUACGUUAUGGGGAAACCCAGAGUAAAUGUGUUGAAUUUCAUGCGCAGUAGGGAAGGAAGACUUCCUUUGCUUGUAUAAAGAAUAAGUCAAAGGCAGGAUGAAUUUUUCCGCAAAUCAUUCAGUAGCAGUUACUCUAUUUAAAACUCUAAGAUGCAAACCUGUGUGCAGUCUGUUUUUGGACUGGGCUGACAAUGGGGAUGUAAUGAGGGUAUUGGAAAAAACAUUACUAAAAAGAACUUAGCUGAUGCUGACAUCCUCCCAUUGCCACUGGGACAGAACAACUUCAAAGCCCGCAGUACCUAAAGAGACUCACAGCUGUGCCAUUUCUGACAAAGGGGCCCACGGCGAAUAGGAUUUAACACUAGUGAA